AACUAAACACUGUAAUUGUUGGCGUGGGGGGAGGUACAACCAAACGGUGCCGCUGUCAGGUAGGACGAGCACCUGCAGGGAUGCGGCACAACAGAAGGGCAAACCCCAGAGAAGGAAUACCCCCCUAGCACUGUUCAACAUAGCCUAGACCCUGGGAUCACCCUCACGCUAAUCCCACCAAUCAGAAAGGCUCUUGUGUUGACCGUGAGUCUCUCUAGCCAAUCACGCGCGCGUUUACAAACUCCCUGGGCGGUGAAGUGGAGCCGCCGCAGCCAGUGUCAGUCUGGGUGAAGGUGCCCCGCCUCCGGCAGGUGGUGUCUACAGCUGGGUUAAUGGGGAGCCUGUGAGAGGGGAUUUUAUUUUCUUUCUUUUUCUUUCCGUAUCUCCUUUGUGGCCGUGUGUGAGGGAUAAGGGGAGAGCGCAGUGUUGCGUGUGCGACAGCAGCAGCGGAAGGAGGUGCAGCUGAGGGAAUCUCCCGGAGCGCAGACAAAAGGCAACACUGCCGUGCAUCCCUCCUCCCACGGGCUCGCAUGCUGCUUCCAUUGUCACACAGCGCUCCGUGCUGAUCCUGCCUGUUCCCUCUCAUUGACAAGCGCUGCAGCCGUCCGGACAAUGGCAGCCUGAUCCAGCGGCUCCAUGUGCGCUCACUGUGCUGCCGGGAUUAUCCGCCGAAACUGAGGAAGUCAAGUCAUUGAGGUCGGGCGCUGAGUGGGAUUCUAUAGCGAGGAGGGACCGGGGCUGUUGGAGGAGAGGCCCCGCGCUGCUGUGUCCUCCCAAGAGCUGGGGGAUGCGGCGGCUGUGACCCCGGCGAGGAGGGGAAGAUGGGAGUGCGGAGCUUACAGGCAGGGAGGAGAAGUAGCGGAGAGCGGAGCAGCCAGCGGAACCCGAGCACACGGAACCCGAGCACUCAACUGCACAGCCUGCCGGGGAUUAGCACCGCUGCACUGCAAGGGAUUCUCGGUACUGUGGGAACGGGCCCUGUAGGGCCACACGGCUUCCUCUGAGACUGACACUGGGGGAAGUGAUAUGGACUUGAGCUCCUGUUGUGACUGAUACCGCCCCCACCCUCACUGCUGCAGUGCCGGCCGCCUUGCACCAACCAACCAAGGCACCUCAUUCAUUAUUUAUCUGCUGGCAUCCCCCCCCCCCCAGCACCUCAUUGCCCAUUCAGACUCCAUCUGCUUCCCAUUAUCUGUACCCCCCCAUUAGCUGUACCCCCCCCAAAGUGCCAUUAACUCAUUAGGCCCCUGCCAGCCCUUCUUGUCCUCUCACACCUCUAAAUCCAUAUCUGCUGCUACCUAUCCUGGGAGGACUCAUUCAUCCCUACCUGCCCCUGACAUCCUCCUUCCUGCACUGAAUUCUCACCAACCCAAUCACAGGCUGCAGUCAAUUCCUGCCUCCAGAGUCCCACUACCUUCCAAAGUUUGUUAGAGCCCAACACCAGUUAUCCUAUCUUUCUUGUGAUUCCUCUUUUAGGGGAUUCCCAUCUCCCAAACCUACAGCAUCCAGUCCUUUCCCUGUUCUGUGAAUAUAAUCUGAAUUCAUCCAAACUCUGGAACCUCCAGUCGCCAGCUAACCCACAUCUCUCAACCUAUCCCAUAGCAACCCCAUACAUUCGCCUGUAACAACUCCUAACCUACUGUGAAGUGUUGGCUCAUCUGUUUAAGGUGGAAUGCCAUAGCUAGCAAAUUUAAUGAGUUAGUUAGAGAAAACCCUUCCCACAUUAUCAUUUUUACAGUGAGAAUUUAUCUUUUAGCCUAUUUCAGAAUUAUAGUUUCAUCAACUUGGUUCCUCCACCAGCCGUUUGUUCCCAGCUCCACAGCUAUUAGUCUGCCGUGAGAUCCUGAGCCAAAAAUCCCUUCCCUUAGCUCCCCAAACAUUAUCUCUUACCCUGCAGUGAGAUCAGUAUUCUUUCACCCUCUCAUUAGUAACCUAGCAAGUCCUUCCCUACAGUGAGAUUCGGCACUUCCACAGUCCUCACCCUCUUUAAACCCUACAGUCUCCAACUGUUCUGCAGUUCAGAAAAAACAUUUACUGCUUGCAACUGUGAUUUAUUUCCUAACACUGGCAGUGACCUUGCCCCCCUCCACCUGUUUCCCAUGCUCCUUUUGCAGUGCCAUACUCUUCAAGGAUUUCCAUUUUCAUAUUGACGUGCCAUCGUUUGAGUUUUUUUUUUUUUUUUUUUUUAAACUUCUUCACUCCCAAGUAUUGUUACAGCUGCAGUGUACGGUUAUAUAUCUAUAUAUAAUAUUUACUUUGGGGGAAGAAAUAAUACAAAAAAAAACCUGCAGAUGGGUGACUAUGGUUUUAUACCAACCACUGACUAGACAAAUCGCUGGUUUGGUGACUUUGUUCUGAGCGCACCUAAUUUGACCCCCAACGCUUUGAUGCAUAGGUGCGCAUCAGUUUGUUCCCCUUUCCCAGAUAUUUUGCUUUUUGUCUGUCUCCUCUCUCUUUAUUGGUGGGUUGCCUUGCCAGGCCGGCCCUCAUCAGACAGCAUUCAAUGGAAGUAUGUUACCAGCUGCCGGUGCUGCCUUUGGACAGGCUGGUACCUAAACAUGUCCUCAGCCGCAGAGGUGCCAUCAGCUUUAGCUCGAGCUCAGCGCUCUUUGGAUGUCCUAAUCCCAGGCAGCUUUCUCAGUAUCCACAAAAUGGCUGCUGCCUGCUUGCUGUGAUGGUGAAUUCCAAGGCUGACUGCAACCAAGAUUUAAAUAAUUUAUAUAGUAGACGUGGUGCAAUAUCCUAUGAUAGCUCUGACCAAACUGCUCUGUACAUUCGUAUGCUAGGCUCUUGUGUAAUAUUCAAACAGCUGAGCGCAAGAGAUGUCAGAGUAAGAAGCCGAGCUGGGUUUGAAUCAGAGAGACGAGGCUCCCACCCCUACAUUGACUUUCGUGUUUUGCACUCACAUUCAGAAAUCGAAAUCUCCUUGUCUGCUAGAAACAUCAGGCGGUUGCUCAGUUUCCAACGGUACCUGAAAUCCUCUCGUUUCUUCCGUGGCGUCACUGCACAGAAUUCCUUGUACAUUUUAGAUGAUGAUUAUAAUGGACAAGCCAAGUGUAUGUUGGAAAAAGUUGGCAAUUGGAGUUUUGAUAUAUUUCUUUUUGACAGGUUAACAAAUGGAAAUAGCCUUGUUACCUUAACGUUUCAUCUCUUGAGCCACCACGGUCUGAUCGAUCACUUCCAAUUGGACAUGGUGAAAUUAAGAAGAUUUCUAGUUAUGGUUCAAGAGGAUUACCACAGUCAGAAUCCAUAUCACAAUGCAGUCCACGCUGCUGAUGUGACUCAGGCCAUGUACUGUUUUUUAAAAGAACCUACGCUUGCCAAGUCUUUUACUCCUUGGGAUAUCCUGCUGGGUUUGAUUGCAGCUGCAACACACGAUUUGGAUCAUCCUGGUGUAAACCAGUCUUUUCUAAUAAAAACAAACCACUACUUAGCAACUUUAUACAAGAAUACCUCAGUAUUAGAGAACCACCACUGGAGAUCAGCAGUGGGUCUGUUGCGUGAAUCGGGUUUGUUUUCACACUUGACAUUAGAGGAGAGACAACACAUGGAAAGCCAGUUGGGCUCUAUCAUUCUUGCUACAGAUAUCAGUCGGCAAAAUGAAUACCUGUCGCAGUUUAGAACUUGCCUGGAUAGAGGAGACUUAUGCCUAGACAACGCCACUGACAGACUCUUUAUCCUGCAGAUGGCUCUGAAGUGUGCCGAUAUAUGUAAUCCCUGCCGUACCUGGGAGCUGAGUAAGCAGUGGAGUGAAAAAGUCACAGAAGAGUUCUUUUAUCAAGGCGAUGUUGAAAGCAAAUAUAAACUGGAUGUCGGUCCACUGUGCGAUCGGCAUACAUCGAAUAUAGCCAAUAUCCAGAUUGGUUUCAUUACGUACCUGGUGGAGCCAUUGUUUGUGGAGUGGGCCCGGUUCAGUAACACCAGGCUGUCCCAGACCAUGCUCGGCCACGUAGGACUCAAUAAAGCCAGCUGGAAAGGAAUGCUGCAGGAGCGCUCGAGCAGCGAAGAGGCUGACUGAUAACUUUUACCUCAGGAAAGACUGUGCACCAUGAACUGGAAUCAGCUCUGCUGGUUUCUCCCAAUGACUGCAAUGUGAGAGAGAAAUUUCUCCUGGUUGCCAAGGUUUUUACAUAGAAACAAUGCCAGCAUUAUUUAUUCCACUGGUUUCCUUUAACUUUCGGAUUUUUCUUUUUUUUAAACCAAGACCUGAAUCCAGAGCAAUAUGCACAUACCUCAGUUGGCUUUUUCUAUGAAAGCUUGAUUAUGCAAAGCACAGCUGCGACUGACAGAGAACUGCAGGAAGCUCCUCCUUCUCUAUGUGCCACACGUUUCCCUCCAUAUUUGGCUUGGAUUGUUUUUUUUUUUGUCGUCUUCUCUUUUUUAAUGAAAUGUUAAAGGAAAACAAAAAAAAAAGACUUGUUGAAUGACGGAAUGGCAUGGCUCGGCCAGAAUUUCCCUGACUGGUGUUGUACCUUCCACUUUGUGCUGGAACUGUGAAGUGCCCACUGCUUUGCUGCCUUGGCAAGAGAUGCUGUUUACACUGAAAACUUGCCUGGACGCAUGGCCCUGACGGAACCACUAACUGGAGUUUUCAUUUUUUUGUUGUUAUUUAAGAGAACAAAUGUUGACUGUAAAUCUUCCCAGCUUUUGCCCCAGCAGUUCCCCUCCCCCCACCCUCCCAUCUGUAAUAUUUCCGCUCAUAAAGCCCGCCUUUAGUCCAGAGGCAGGAGGGAAAUGCAUCCCCGUUAUUUACUUUCGAAGGCAGUGCUUUACGGCGCUGCAGUGAAUGCGUUGCAUGCUGUUAUUCUUUUUCACUACUGAACACUUGAACUGCAUGGAAAUAAGUGGCGUUAACUCUAGAGCCAGCAGGGCAACAAGUUGUAAUGUAAUGUAAUCACAACAAUCAGCUCAGGGUAUUUACCAAUUUGGAAUAAAGUGGGAAGGGAAUAGUCAUUGGGACAAGGGUAAAAAAAUGCCUCUUUUGCUGCAGUGUGUAUGCGCCUGUUUGAGUGGAGCAAGGGCGAGUGGGCCUGUGAGUGGGUGUGUGCAUCAGUUCAGCAGCCCCAUCAAGAGGAUGGACGGCUUGUAACAAAUUGCUACAAAUGCCUUAAUCUAUGCACAAAGCUAAGUGACCAAAUUCUUUUCCCCCCCCUUUUUUUGAAAAAGUGCAUUUUUUUUUCUUCUUCUUAUUUCCCCUUUUUAGUCAUUCUUUAGUGAAAUAAUCGACUCGUGGGAUUUUGUUGUGUAAGGAAUUGUUUUUAGGACCAGUUGUGGGACUAAUUUUAAACUGAAAACAUUCCAUUCUUUUUUUGUGAUUUUGUUUUUAGUCUGGUGAGCACAACUGUUCUCUUGAUCAGAAACUGGUGCUUUUUUUUUUUUUAGUUUGUAUUUUCCUCGGUAUUGCUGUUAAACGACUGUUUAUUAUCUGUUUACAGUUUGUCGCAACAGACCAUUUUUUGGGAGACGGCUUCAGCGUAAAGCCAUUUGUACAAGGCUUUGCCAUACUCAUUUUUAAUACGUGCCUGUUGCUGUUCAACUUUGAUGAAUAAAAAACAAACUCAUUUUACAGUA